AUGUCGCUCAAGACAGCUAUUCUCAAACACGCAAUCCCAAACCUCGGCCGCACAAGCUUCACACGUGCAGCCCUCACGACGUCCCUCGCAUCCCUCCCUCCCUCCCACCCAGACUACAAGCCCCAGCUCGAGGAAUCCGUCAUCGACACGCUCUUUGGUCCCGGAACCGCUGGCCCGCGCGAGCUCGUCAAUGCGUUCGCCGAGGCCGGCCUGGAGGACAUGAAGAAGGGAUCUGGCGUCCAAGGUGUCCUUGCCCGUCGACUGGAGCACUCGGCCGCCACAGGCGAGCACCUCGUCGAGGCGUACGCGCUCAUGUCCACCCCCUCAACCCCAUCCAUGCCCCUCCCACCACUCGUCCUGCAAGCUCUGCGCGCUCGCCUGCCUUCUGUCCCCCUCUACGGUCCUGGACCCAUAUCCAAGGCCGUCUGGCGCUCUGGCUCGGGUGCGGCGUCUAGCUUGUUGGAACGCACCGGUGGUCGUCUUCCGAUCCCGACUCUUGACGCCGCUGCACCCCUCAAGUAUGCAUGGGAUAUUGCCGAUGCCGCCGUGUACGACGCACACCUCAACAAGGGCACCGGCGUGAUGCGCGAGCCUCGUGGCGCGGGUGUCGAGUGGUACACCACCAGGGUUGGCCUUGCCGUCGCCUACCUCUCGGCCGAAUCCCACCUCCUGCAACCCUACCCCGCAGAUGCAGAGUCCACCACAGCUGAGGGCAACCCCCACCUUGCCGCUGCCCUCGUCACGCUGCGUCGCAACCUCCGCAGGCUCGAUGACGCAGGCGGUGCCGUGGGCAUGCUGGAGAAUGCCGCUGCCGACGGUAUUGCGUUCCUCGAGCUGGCCACCAGGAGUAUUGCCGGUAUUGUGAGGAGCAGGGGACUGUGA